CCAGUGGUGUUUUGCCUCAUGCCCAACCGGACCAGGCAGACCUACAUAGGGGUACUGCAGUUCAAUAGGCAACUAUUUGGUACCUCCGUUGUCUCCUCUGUCCUAUGUGACUACGAGAUGGCCCUGAGACAAGCAGGUUUGGAAGUUUUUAGUGGAAUUUCAUUGCGUGGAUGCUGGUUUCACUUCGCCAAAAAUGUUUUCAUGAAAGCACGCCAAAUGCAUAUUGCUGACGCAGUUGCCGUCAGAAUGGUCAUGUCCCUCCCACUCUUGCCCUCAGAAAGAAUUUCUGAAGGAAUAGACCUCGUUUGUGAGAUAAUUAAUAAUGAUGGGUUAUCAAGGUACAUGCAUAGACAGUGGCGGAACACAAACAUCUCUGUGUUUGGUUUUAGUAAUAGAACUAACAACGCCAUUGAGCUGCACGGACAAUUAUUAAAAAUAAUUGGUCGCGCACACCCGAAUUCUGGGUGUUCGUCCAAUUCCUCCAGAAAUUCGAGCAUUACAAGUGCUCUGAUUUACUGAGGGUACUAAGUGGUCACCAGCUGAGAAGACGACAGAGGCGCCGU